AUGAAGGUGACGUUUUCCCUGCAGGAGUUUUGGAACAUGGGGGAGCCAGCAGGGCAGCUCGCGAAUCGGGAGGGGUCCGUUGCCUACAACCUCCUGAAGAAUUGCGUCGGCAACGCAAGCGAGAAGAUGGAGCGCAUGACAGACCAGACUGGUGCCCCAAAGAGCAACCUCAUCAGCAUCGCGCAGAUCAAGGAUAAGUUCGAGUUCCUCCUCGAGUCAGCUUCGAGGGCCUUGGCCGCCUACGAGAAGGCCGACGUCGACGCGAUCGUCGAGGAGGCCAAGGCCGUCCAGACCAAGCUUUUGAGCAUCGUCAGCUUUGGCGACUCCGAGAAGGGCUGGAAGGCAAAGGUCGACCCCGAGGCCCCAUGGCCCGACGUGGAGGCGGCUCUGAGGAAGACGGUGUUCUCGACAAAAGGCCUGGCGUCCAAGGUCGCAUCGAACACCGACAGCAUGAAGAAGGCAAUCCAGAGCGUGAAGGACGCACUCAACUCUUACGGGAUGGACCCCGCCACCACGGCCAUCGAAGAUAUGGAGAAGACGAUCGCCCUGGCGAACACUGUGCGCAUGGAGGCUUGCACCGCCCAGGCCAUCAGGGAGCACGCGGACAGCGACAAGGCAGCGAAGACCAUGGCGAUGACGAACGUCUUGGACUUGUUCCCCGAGCACGGGGUCCAGCAGAACCAGCUGCACCGCGCGAUGCAGCAGGAGAUCGUCGAGUACAUGAGGGGCGGUGCUGGGCGUGUCGAUAUUGUUCGGCUGCUGCCCCCGCACCUGCAGUCUGCGCUGGAGUCCGGGCACGGGUUAUUGCGCUCGGAGCAGGAGGCUACUGCUGCUCUGGAGGAGGCGGACGUCACGUGUUACGUGGACGGUAAGCUGGCCCAGCGGGGCAUUGACUACGGGCGGUUCCUGCUCGAGCUUUACGACGCAGGGAUCGUCGAAGCUUUGGGCUAUGAGCUGGAACGGAAGGAGGAGACGGGCGUCUACUUCGCGCCGCGCAAAGAUGACAAGCUGAGGCUCAUCUUCGACACCAGGAGGGCGAACUGUCACUUCAGGACGCCCGAGUACACGCACUUGGCCUCCGGCGACGCCCUCAGCAGCUUGGAGUGCACGCCCGGCGAGGAGGUGCACUUGGCUGCGGGCGACGUGGAGGUCUGCUUCUACCAGUACGUGCUUCCUGCAUGGGCCAGGAACUACUUCUGCUUGCCGAGCCUGGCGACCCGCAUGCUGCCUGCCCGCCUGCGUGAGGCGUUGGGGCCAGAGCUUGCGGCGCGGCCCAGGAUAGCCUUCCGCGUGCGGGUCGUUCCCAUGGGAUGGAACUGGGCCGUCCACUUUGUGCAGUCUGCCCACCUGAACGUGCUGGUUUCGGUCUCUCCGAGCAACCAGUGGCUGGUGGACAAGCAGCCCGGGGCGUGCCUCUCGGACAGCUCAGCCGCAGCCAAGGUGGUCAACGACAUGCUUGACUCGUUCACCAGUGAGGGCGUCAGGGCUUCGCUUGACUUGGACGUCGUCCUCCUUGGCUUCACGCUGGACUCGAAGGCCGCCAGGUGGCGCCCCGCACCCGAGAAGUUUUGGAGGGUGCAUGGCUGCAUCUCGCACCUGCUGGAGCCGGGAUGGCGUAUCACGGGUCGCCAGCUGGAGAGGCUCGCGGGGCACGUGGUUGCGCUGCUGCUGCUGCGGCGUGAGGCUCUCAGCCUCCUCAGUGCGGUUUACGUCUUCAUCCGCUCGACCUACGACAGGGCGCAGCCGCUGUGGCCCAGCUGCCGACGCGAGCUCAGGUGGGUGCUUGCGCUGUUGCCCACGGUGUUCGCCGACAUGAAGAGGCCCUGGCACUCUGAGGUGGGUGCCUUUGACGCGUCGCCGUGGGGCGCGGGAGUCUGCACUGCGCGCUGGCCUUUGAGCGCGGUGCAGGCCGCUGGCAGGCAGCCGGAGAAGCUGCGCUUUCGCGGGCCCCUCGCCUCACUGGUGGCUCCGCGGGACUCUGCCCUGGCUGCCGACAGCGUCGAGCUCUCGGACCCAGCCGCACUUCUGCUCGGGCGCGCGGCGGGUUUCGCCGAGGUGAGCGCCGAGCUGCUGCGUGAGGCGACCUGCGCCACGGCUGUUGCAUGCAAGUGGAGGCGCCAAAGUACCAUCCACAGGCUAGAGAGCUCAGCAGGGCUUCUCUGGCUGCGGCGCGCCUCUCGCAACUCGAGAUGUCACGGGCAUCGCUUGCUGAGCUUGGGCGACAACAUGUCGAUGAUCUGCGCUCAUGAAAAGGGCCGUGCGUCCGACUUUGGUCUCUUGUCAGGCUGCCGCUGCUCCUUUGCCAUAUCGGUCGCCUGCAAUCUCAAGGAGCGGGGCUUUCUGGCAGCCAACAAGGUGCGGCCGUCCACUCGGGUGCUCUACCUGAAGGUGUUGCGGCUGCUGGCAGGCUGGCUCAUGGUGGACGCGCUGCCCGACUGGCCCGUGGCGGCUUGGGACGCAGCGCUGACCGACUUCCUGCCGUGGGCCUUCGACCAGGGAGUGGCGCGGGCGACGGCUGCAAGGCUUGGCGCCGCGGUGCUUUGGGGGCCCCCUCAGCUCCGCGUGGCGCCCUUGCAGAGGUGCUUCCCGCAGCUCGCGCACUCGCUGGCGGGCUGGAAGCGCCUGCAUCCGCCAGGCUCGCGCCCGCCUCUUCCAGAGCUCGUGGUUCGCGCGGCGGCAGCUUGGCUUGCGCACCAGGGCGAAUUUGCGACCGCCUUGUGCGUCAUGCUGAUGUUCGAGGGCUACCUGAGACCCUCGGAGGCGCUGGCGCUGCGGGCCGCUCAGCUCACGGGCCCUUUCGGCUCGGCCACCAGCGCGGGCUCGCACAUGUCAGUAGUUGUGCAUGCUGCAGAGUUGCAACAACCAGGCAAGACAGGCGAGAUGGACCACACCGUUGUGCUCGACCUCCCGCGGCAGCAAGCCCUGGCUUGGGCCUUGGCGCGCCUCCGCGACUCCCGCCUGGGCUCCUGGCACCCGCUGUGGGACUUCGAUUACAGUCUCCUCCUGCGGCGGUUUGGCCAGGCGCUCGAGGCUGUGGGAGCCAGCUGUUUAGCCGGCACGCUCUACAGCCUCAGGCACGGCGGCGCCAGCCACGACCGCUUGACGGGCAGCCGCGCGCUAAGGGAAGCGCAGCAGCGCGGGAACUUGCGCGCCUUCAACAGCUCGCGGCGUUACGACAAGCACGGGCGAGUGGCGAUCGAGUGGAUGAAGAUUCCAGCCCACCAGCGGCAGGAGAUCGAACGUUUGGCCGCUGGACUCGACGCCGCCUGCAAGCAGUGCUCGCCUCAGCUGUGA